CUUUGGUUAUAAAACUAUCCUCAUGCCUAUGCAUUCUACACCAAACCACGAUCACAAAGAGUGAGAGUGUGAUUUAAUAUAGUCAAGAUGUUACUAGGAAACAAAAGAGUUGCUAUAUUGUUAUUGUUGUGUGCACAUGUUUUUGUGGCCAGUGUGGUUGCAAGGAAUGUGGCAAGUGUAAAAGAGGAAGAGGAGAAGAACCUUGGAUUUGGGAAGGGUGGUGGUUUUGGAGGUGGAUUUGGUGGAGGAGGAGGAGCUGGUGGCGGCGGUGGCGGCGGGUUUGGAGGUGGAGGAGGAAUUGGAGGUGGUGCAGGUGGCGGUGGAGGAUUUGGUGGUGGUGCAGGAGGAGGACAUGGAAUUGGAGGUGGAGGAGGCUUUGGUGGUGGUGGAGGUGCCGGUGGAGGGCAUGGGAUUGGAGGUGGUAUAGGAAAAGGUGGAGGUCUUGGCGGCGGCGGCGGCUUUGGAAAAGGUGGAGGCUUAGGAGGAGGUGGUGGUGGAGGCUUUGGAAAGGGUGGUGGACUUGGAGGUGGUCAUGGUGGAGGCAUUGGUAAGGGUGGUGGCUUUGGAAAAGGUGGCGGUGUUGGAGGAGGUGCAGGGGGUGGCUUUGGAAAAGGUGGUGGCCUUGGCGGUGGCAUAGGUAAAGGCGGUGGUGGAGGCUUUGGAAAAGGUGGCGGUGUUGGAGGAGGUGCAGGUGGUGGCUUUGGAAAAGGUGGUGGCCUUGGUGGUGGUAUAGGUAAAGGCGGUGGUGGAAUUGGAAAAGGUGGUGGCGUUGGUGGUGGAAUUGGAAAAGGUGGUGGCGUUGGUGGUGGAAUUGGAAAAGGUGGAGGUCUUGGUGGUGGUGGAGGCUUUGGAAAAGGUGGCGGCGUUGGAGGUGGAAUUGGUAAAGGUGGAGGUUUGGGUGGUGGUGCUGGAAGUGGUUCUGGUGCUGGCAUUGGUGGUGGAAUUGGAAAAGGAGGAGGUAUUGGAGGUGGUUCAGGUGAAGGUUUAGGUGGUGGUUCUGGUGGUGCAAUUGGAAAAGGUGGAGGUAUUGGGAGUGGUUCAGGUGGAGGUUUAGGUGGUGGUGCUGGAAGUGGUUCUGGUACUGGAAUUGGUGGUGGAAUUGGAAAAGGAGGAGGUAUUGGAGGUGGUUCUGGUGGAGGUUUAGGUGGUGGUUCUGGUACUGGCAUUGGUGGUGGAAUUGGUAAUGGUGGAGGUAUUGGAGGUGGUUCAGGUGGAGGUAUAGGUGGUGGUUCUGGGGGUGGAAUCGGCAAAGGUGGAGGUUUUGGUGGAGGUAUUGGAGGUGGUUCUGGUGGUGGUCUUGGAGGAGGAUUUGGCAAGGGUGGAGGAUUCGGUGGUGGUGGAGGAGGAGGUUCUGGCGGUGGUAUUGGUGGAGGAUUUGGCAAAGGCGGUGGUUUUGGAGGAGGUGUUGGUGGAGGAGCGGGAGGUGGCUUUGGUGGAGGGGGUGGUGGUGGAUUUGGUGGGGGCGGAGGAGAAGGUGGAGGUGGUGGAAUUGGAGGUCACUAAGCAUUAAGCAUCGUUGUUCACGGUGCAUGCAUGACUCUUAUAGUUAAAUAUAUCAUUUUAUUAAACCUGUAUUAUUUAUGAAUUGGUCCUAUAUGAAAAAUUUGUACGUGAGAAAAGAUUAUUACUCUUUAAGUAUGUUGGUUAUCAUAUUAAUGUAUUGAGUUUUCUUUGAUAACGUUGAAUGAAAGAAAUAGAUAUAUAUGAGUUUGGAGUCUU